AUGGAGCAAAAUGGAGCCAAAAAAAUAUGGAAAAUAAUGCGAGUGGUAUACUUCAUGCUGAGAAAAGGCAUUACAAAGGGAAAACUAUUAGCCCAUCUCAACAUGAUGAUGAAGCGCGGCAAAAUCGCCAGCAAAGCCGCCAUACACAAUCUCAUGUUCCACCACAGCAGGCGCAGGAGCUCUCACCCCGCCUUCGACAGCGACACGAUGGCGGAGAUUUUCAGCAGCGCGGUCGCGUCGCCCGCGCUGCCCUGGUUCGGGCCGAGCCCGUUGGUGAGGCAGCUGCGGAUCACGGACUCUCCGUUCCCGGUGACGGAUGCGGAAGCUGAAGCAGAUAAUUUUGUUGAUGAAGCUGCCGAGGAGUUUAUAGCUAAGUUUUAUGACGAUUUGAAGCGGCAGAAUUCCAGCAUGUUUUUGGAGUAUUAUUGA